GAUUUUUGAACUCUUUACAGGUAUACUUGAGAAGUUUUUGGUUUGAUCGGGAAAAUCAUUUUUGAAGAUGCCUUUGCAGCCGCGUACGAGUUACGCGGUGCGGAAGAAACUACGGCCGUUCUACACCGGUGGAAAUGUCGAGUGGGACACCGAGGGUUCGUAUGUAGUGGCGCAGUCUGGAGACGCCGUGACAAAGGUUAGUCAGGCAACAGGAGACGAAUGCGGACGAUUCCAGGUGGAAGAAGAUCCUGUUACGACGUUUGUCCUCAGUCCUGAGCGGGAAUUCAUCGUCACUGCCCACAAAUCUGGCUUGUUGCGACAAUGGAAGUACAGUGACGGAGAGCAGUUAAGAGUAUGGAAAUCGUUUCACACUGGUCCGAUUCCCGUGCUGGCCUGUGAAUUCACGUCGACACUCGUGGCAUCUGGCGGCAGCGACUGGCGAGUGAAGGUGUGGGACGUUGUGCGGAACUAUUGCACGCACAAUCUUAAGGGUUGUCGGGGGGUCGUGAGCGUCGUGAUGUUCCACAAGCCCGACGAGAAUUCCCCGAUUCGUGUGUUCGCCGCCUCUACGGACAACUCCAUUCUCGGCUGGAAUUUGAAAACAUCCUCCGACCCGGAAAUCACUCUGGAGGGACACAUCUCCACCGUCACUGCGAUCGAGGCUGCACCUGAUCCGGACAUCCUCGUCUCGUGUUCGAGAGACGGCAUCAUUCGAGUAUGGAAAAUUUCAGAGCAGAAGGCAUUGAAAGCGAUUGCCGCGAUGGAGUCUUUGGAAGCAUUGAAGUUCCUUCCGCCUGGUUCUUUCGAGAGCACGAAAUUGCGGAAACCAUUUUUCGUCACGGGUGGCUCAAGAGGAUCUCUUCGUGUAUGGAGCUUACCAGCCGGCAAAAUAGUUGGCAGACAAUCCAUAUCUGCAUCUCAGAAUGAAUCGGAGGAUCUUCCUUCACAACAAGAAGGCCCGGGCAUCCUGCGUCUGCAGGUGACGAAUAGCCCAGAUGCAGGAUAUGAGCUGCAGGCCGUCACGGUCGAUCACAACCUUCUGACCUAUGAUCUGCCCGGGUUCGACCUCAGGGGUCGUCUCGUGGGGUACAAUGAUGAGAUAUUGGACGCCAGAUACGUUGGCAAGAAGGACCAGUUCGUGGCCGUGGCGUCUAAUGCGACCAUAGUGAAGGUGUACGACGUGGAAUCGACAUCUUGCGACUUUCUCGAGGGUCACACGGAUUCCGUAAUUUGUCUCGGGCGUUGGGCAAAAAUUCCGAACCUUUUUGCUUCAGGAUCGAAGGAUAAAUCCGUACUGGUGUGGAAAUAUUCUAAUGAAGAAAUGCCUGAUGGCGGACGACGAAAGUGGUUCAAGUGCGCCGAAGCCACUGGCCACACUGCAUCUGUUUCCGCCUUGUGUUGCUCGCAUGGUGCCGGUGGCGACAGAUUUUGGCUCGCGUCGGCGUCUGAGGACAACACCAUCAAACUAUGGAGUAUGAAGGAGGUUCCUUUAGGCAAACAAAAAGUAAAGAAUGUUGUGACAUUAACUGCGUUGCACACGGAAAUUGCUCACGACAAAACCAUCAAUUCAGUGUGUUUCUCGCCGAACGAUGCCUUGCUUGCGACUGGUUCUUUGGAUCACACUGCUAAGCUAUGGUCAGUCAAUGAAAAUCACAAAUCUGGCUUCAAACUUCGCGGCGUCUUCAGAGGUCAUCGUCGCGGGGUGUGGACGACGGAAUUCUCACCGGUGGACCAAGUUUUAGCAACUGGCUCAACGGACUCAACUAUUAGACUUUGGAGCAUUGCAGAUUUUUCUUGCCUGAAAACGUUUGAAGGACACGGCAGCUCCGUUGUGAGACUUGCUUUUAUCAACGGUGGAACUCAGCUUUUGUCCGCGUCCGCUGACGGAAUGAUCAAAAUGUGGUCGGUCAAGACUGCCUUGUGCAGUCUCACAUUGGAUGAACACGAGGAUAAAAUUUGGGCUCUUGAUGUGAACGAAAGCGGAACUGAAUUCGUGACUGGUAGUACAGAUGCGACUUUGAUCCUGUGGAAAGACGAUACAGAGGAAAAGAUGGAGAAGCAAGCGACGGAAAAAAAUUUGCGAAUCGAACAGGAGCAGCUUUUGGCAAACUUGCUGCUGGAUGAAAAAUGGUUGAAAGCGUUGGGCUUAACGCUUACUUUGGAACAGCCGUUUAAAGCCCUGACAGUCAUUAGAGCUAUCAUGAACACAGGUUCUGGAGAAUUUACUGAACUGCGAGAAACGUUGGGCAAGUUGAAAGACGAUCAGAUCGCGGUGCUCAUUCGGUUUGUUUCAGUAUGGAAUACGAACGCGAAGAAUUAUUUCCCUGCACAGCUGACAUUGAAUAUUUUGUUGAAACAAAGAACAAUCGAAGAACUGAUCAAGUUGCCGACUGUGGCCAAGGCCUUGCCGGGAUUGAUCACUUAUUCAAAGAAGCAUAAAGCCAGGUUGGAGAGGUUGAGGCAAGCGUCGUCGUUCAUUCGAUUCAUUCACGAAAGCGUGAAGGUGACCGCCGGAGACGACGUCAGCAUUCUUUUCAAUCGCGGGAAAUUCCUCGAUCACAUGGACGUAGAGGCUGUGAAAGAAGAACUCGAGAGCGACACUGAAUCCGGCGUGGUUGAGAACGGCGACGAAUCAGCAGCGGCGUCUGAUUCCGAUGAAUCCGAGGCAGGAUCAGAUGCAGGUUCAAGCGGAGACGAAGAGCCGAAGGGAAGUCGGAAGAAAGAAUCUUUCAACGUGGAAGAUUUGGAAGGAAACCUUGAAGCAGGCCCUGAUAGUGAAGAUGAAGAAGUAAACGUAGCUCCCAAGUGGAAGCAACAACGGCGGAGUCAACCAAUCCGCGAUCGGGGCACCUGAUUGUUUCGUGUUGUUCGAGCGAAAAUAAAGCCGACGUUUGACAAAA